AUGUAGUUCAAUAACAUUCCAGUUACUUCCCACAUGCGUGAUUGUUUACGCCUACAAACCUGCUCAUGAACUGGACGUUGUUGAUGGCCCUAGAAGGAUCAACAGUCAAGCUAUUCCCCAUUCUAAAAAUUUUGAUGAAGGUGUCGAUAUGCUGCGAGGCAAAACUAUUAUCGUGACCGGGGCAAACAGUGGCAUUGGAAAAGCCACGGCCGCGGAGCUGCUGCGGUGUCAGGGCCGAGUGAUCAUGGCAUGUAGGAACCGAGAACGGGCUGAGAAAGCAGCCCAGGAGAUCCAGGAGGAGGCCGGACCAGGGCAAGGGGAACUAGUGAUCAAACUCUUGGACCUGGCGUCGCUUAAAUCUGUCCGUAUUUUUUGCGAAGAGAUAAUGAAGGAAGAGUCAAGGAUUGACAUCCUGAUCAACAAUGCUGGAAUCUACCAGUGUCCAUACACCAAAUCAGAAGAUGGAUUUGAGAUGCAGUUCGCCGUCAAUCAUCUGGGUCACUUCCUGCUCACUAACCUCCUGCUGGAUCUCCUCAAACGCUCUGCUCCUAGCCGGAUCAUUGUAGUGUCCUCCAAGCUCUACAAGUACGGUGAAAUAAACUUUGAUGACCUGAACAGCGAGCAGAGCUAUGAUAAAGCUUUUGCCUAUGCACGGAGUAAACUAGCCAAUCUUCUAUUCACUCUGGAGCUCUCUCACCGACUCGAGGAGACUGGAGUGACAGUAAAUGCUCUCACCCCAGGGAUUGUGCGGACUAACCUGGGCAGGCAUGUCCACAUCCCACUGCUGAUGAAGCCACUAUUUAACCUGGCUUCACGGGCCUUCUUCAAGUCCCCUGAGGAAGGUGCGCAGACUUCUAUCUAUCUGGCCUGCUCUCCGGAUGUGGAGGGUGUUCAGGGGAAGUGCUUUGCUAACUGUCAUGAAGAGCAGCUAUUAGCUAAGGCCACAGAUGAGGAGGUGGCCAAGAAAUUGUGGGACAUCAGUGAGGUGAUGGUGGGCAUCACAACCUGAAAUCUCAAAGAUUUAAGAAUUUAAGUCACCUGUCAUUUAUUAUUUCAAAAUCGACAACUCUGAGAACAUAAAGUACCAUCUCUUAGAAAGAAAACAUGCAAAAUGUAUGCUUUCAUCCACAGGAGGGAGCUGUUUUGGCCGUUCUUAUUCAUUUGUGCUUGAAAUGCUAACUGUAAAGUUGCAACUAGCAGAAUGUUAGUUCUGCUGCAAUGUUAACCAUGUGUGUGUGUUUAUAUAUUUUAAAUUAAUCCAGAGUCAUCUUCAGUUAUCCUGUUCUCAUGCUUUCAGUUCUCAUGCUAGUCAGGUUCACAGAUUUCAAAACUAUGUGUGUUUACAUGUGUUGGUUAAGACUAAAUGCAACCUAAUCACCACAAAUAAUAUAGUUUACAAAGACUAAACCCUUUCUUUGAAUGAAAAUGUGUGCAAAUAGUAAUAAGAAUUUCUGAAAGCAAUAUUGUGCCUAAAUUCUGCUCUGUUGUUACACUUUUCUGCUGUUGGCAGUGAAACAGUUAACACUGCAUUUGAUUUGCACUUCUCAUACUGAAGAUUAGUGGAAAUAGAUUCUCAGUUCGAGUACUUAAUAAAGAUGCAUUAAACAGAA